AUGCCCCGCGCCGCUGCCCGGUGGCCGCCGCUCCUGCCGCUGUCCCUGCUGCUGCUGCUGCCGCCGCCGCCAGCCCGCGGCGCCCCGGCCCAGCCCGGAGCCGGGGGCCCGGCCUCGGAGCUGGUGGUGCCCACGCGGCUGGCGGGCAGCGCGGGCGGCGCGGGCGAGCUGGCGCUCCACCUGUCCGCCUUCGGCCGCAGCUUCGUCCUGCGCCUGGCGCCCGACGCCAGCUUCCUGGCGCCCGGGUUCAAGAUCGAGAGCCUCGGGGGCUCCGGGGGCGAGCCGCGGGAGCCGCGGGAGCUGCGCGCCUGCUUCUUCUCUGGCUCCGUGAACGGGGCGCCGGGCUCCCUGGCCACCGUGAGCCUGUGCGGCGGGCUGAGAGGCUCCUUCCUGCUGGACGGCGAGGAGUUCACCAUCGAGCCGCGGGCCGCCGGGGGGAACUCCCUGCAGCGGCCGCACUUCCUGCGGCGCUGGGGACCCCGGGGGGCGCGCAGUACCCCGGCCCGCCCCCUCCCCCGAGGACCUGAGCCCGGGGCGCGGAAAGACGAGAAGGUAGAGAAGAAGGACGAGGCACCGGAGGAAGAAAAGAGGGAAGAAGACGGGUCCGAAGGCGCCCGCGAGCUGCCCGCCCCUCGGGGGGUCGCGAGCGGGAGGACCAAGCGGUUCGUGUCCGAGGCUCGCUUCGUGGAGACGCUGCUCGUGGCCGAUGCGUCCAUGGCGGCCUUCUAUGGGCCCGACCUGCAGAACCACAUCCUGACGCUCAUGUCGGUGGCGGCCCGCAUCUACAAGCACCCCAGCAUUCGCAACGCCGUCCACCUGGUGGUGGUGAAGGUGCUGAUCGUGGAAGAUGAGGCGCGGGGCCCCAGGGUGUCUGACAAUGGGGGGCUUACCCUGCGCAGCUUCUGCAACUGGCAGCAGCAGUUCAACUACCGCAGCGACCGGAACCCAGAGCAUUUCGACACGGCCAUCCUGCUCACCAGACAGAACUUCUGUGGGAAGGAGGGGAUGUGUGACACCCUGGGCGUGGCGGACAUUGGCACCAUCUGCGACCCCAGCAAGAGCUGCUCUGUGAUCGAGGAUGAGGGGCUCCAGGCGGCCUACACGCUGGCCCACGAGCUGGGGCACGUCCUCGGCAUGCCCCACGACGACUCCAAGCCCUGUGUUCGGCUCUUUGGGCCCAUGGGCAAGCACCACAUGAUGGCACCCCUCUUCGUCCACCUCAACAAGACGCUGCCCUGGUCUCCCUGCAGCGCCAUGUACCUCACGGAGCUCCUGGACGGUGGGCACGGAGACUGUCUCCUCGAUGCCCCCUCCUCAGCCCUGCCCCUCCCGACAGACCUCCCGGGGCAAAAGGCGCUCUAUGAGCUGGACCAGCAGUGCCGGCAGAUCUUCGGGCUGGGCUUUCGCCACUGCCCCAACACCUCCGCGCAGGACAUUUGCGCCCAGCUCUGGUGCCACAGGGAGGGCACCGAGCCCCUGUGCCACACCAAGAAUGGCAGCCUGCCCUGGGCGGACGGGACACCCUGCGGACCCGGGCGGCUCUGCUGGGAUGGCAGCUGUCUUCCUGCUGAGGAAGUGGAGAGGCCCAAGGCCGUGGUGGACGGAGGCUGGGCCGCCUGGGGGCCGUGGGGAGAAUGCUCCCGGACCUGCGGAGGCGGGGUGCAGUUCUCACACCGCGAGUGCAAGGACCCCGAGCCUCAGAACGGAGGGAGAUACUGCCUGGGCCGGAGGACCAAGUACCAGUCCUGCCACACGGAGGAAUGCCCCCCUAGCGAGAAAAGCUUCCGGGAGCAGCAGUGCGAGAAGUAUAAUGCCUACAAUUACACCGACCUGGAUGGGAACCCCCUGCAGUGGGUCCCCAAGUACUCGGGGGUGUCCCCCCGGGACCGCUGCAAGUUGUUCUGCCGAGCCAGGGGGAGGAGUGAGUUCAAGGUGUUUGAGGCCAAGGUGAUUGAUGGCACCCUGUGUGGGCCAGAGACUCUGGCUAUCUGUGUCCGUGGCCAGUGUGUCAAGGCUGGCUGUGACCACGUGGUGAAUUCGUCUACGAAGCUGGACAAAUGUGGGGUAUGUGGGGGCAACGACAACUCAUGCAGGAAGGUCUCCGGCUCCCUCAACCCAACCAGUUAUGGCUACAAUGACAUCGUCACCAUCCCAGCUGGUGCCACGAACAUCGAUGUGAAGCAGCGGAGCCACCCGGGAGUCCAGAACGAUGGCAACUACCUGGCAUUGAAGAUGGCAGAUGGGCAGUACCUGCUCAAUGGCAACCUGGCCAUCUCCGCCAUAGAGCAGGACAUCCUGGUGAAGGGGACCAUCCUGAAGUACAGCGGCUCCAUGGCCAUACUGGAGCGGAUACAGAGCUUCCGGCCCCUGCCCGAGCCUCUGACCGUGCAGGUCCUGACAGUCCCCGGUGAGGUCUUUCCCCCCAAGGUCAAGUAUACCUUCUUUGUCCCCAACGACGUGAACUUCAGCAUCCCGAGCAGCAAAGAGAGGGUGACCACCAACGUCAUCCAGCCCCUGCUCAACGCGCAGUGGGUGCUGGGAGACUGGUCCCAGUGCUCGAGCAGCUGUGGGGCUGGCUGGCAGCGGCGGACUGUCGAGUGCCGGGACCCCGGCGGCCAGGCCUCCGCCACCUGCAACAAGGCGCUGAAGCCCGAGGAUGCCAAGCCCUGUGAGAGCCAGCCAUGCCCUCUGUGA